AUACCGUGGGAAAAAUCUUUUGGCUAAAACACGUCGGCAAAAAGAAAAAGAAAUUUUUCCGUGCCAAAUGAUUUUGGUCCGUCAAAAUUUAUAUAAAAGACGCGAAGUUAGCUUUUAAGUAAUCAUUUUAUAGUUUGUUCAUAUAGCGUGUUUAUGUUUUUUGUUUUCGUGACAACACACAAUUUAAAUUAAACGUUAUGUCGUCGUUAAUGUCAUCUCAAGGCCCGUUGAAGGCCAUUCAUAUUCAAGUUCCAAUUGGAAUUCCAACUCCAGAUGGCGGAUUAGAAAUUCCUAAUCGUGUUUUCUUGGGAGGCAUACCCACCGAGACAACUGAAUUAGAGCUGGAGUUGUUUUUUUCUGAUUACGGAUUAGUUAAAGAUGUGCGAAUUGUAACAGACCGAGUUACUGGUGAAUGUAAAGGUUAUGGAUUUGUUACAUUUGAUGAAAAUGAAGAUAUAAACGAGCUUGUUGUUAAGAAAUCCAUCAAUAUGAAAGGGAAAAAGCUUCGGGUUAGAAAAGCGAUUCGACGCAACGGUUCCCAAUUUAACAGUUGUGGUAAUUCAAGUGAAUGUUCUCCAAGUGGUGGCAACUCUCCGCUUUCUAAAGGUUUUGAUGAAAACGAUCAUCAAUUUUUGUUAAUUCCUCAACAAUCCAGUACUCCUUCUCAGUUUCCUAUUUUGUCAUCACAUAUGAUGUAUCCUACAAGUUCUCAUAUAUAUACUUCAGCGGGUCCUAUGACAGUAACGCCUCGCAUUGUACCGUCGCCUCAUUUAAUUGCUGGAACGCAGCCAUACCAUACUCCUGUUAUGUAUCCUGUGUACUACUUUCCUUGUGCCAAUCAGCAAAUGCAAAUGAACUGUUCAAUGAUUCAACAGAUGACAAUUUAGAUUAAUUUAAGAAUUAAAGAGGAUCCAUAAAAGGAAGAAGUUUUAUUGCGAUUUAAUUUAGCUGACAUAAUCAGCAGAAUUUUAGCUACAAAAUGCGAUUUUUUUUUACUCAGUUAAUGUUUUGAAGAAUCUAGACGUGAAAUUAAUGUACUUUUAAAUUAUAUCCAUUGACUGCCAUUAUCAGCACUACCUUGCCAUUGGCUGCAUUAUUUAUACAUUUUUAAAUUUUUUGUAGCUAUAAAUUUUAUUUCUUUGUUUUACGACAAAAAAAUAUACAUUUUUUUUAUUUACAGAGUUUAUAUCCAUAUAGAAAAUUUAUAUAUACAUAUACGUUGUUAUAGUAUUUAAACGGUUUUGACUAAAAUAUUUUGAAAGGCGAUUUUUUAUUUUUCAGAAAAUUUUCAUUAAACAUA